CAGACUAGCGUGCGAAUCAAGCGAGCUGGCCCGUGCACUUCCCCAUCGGGGCGGCACACAACGAUUUUCAACCCCGAAUCUUCGACUUUCCUUCAACAGCGCCAACGACCCUCGUCAACAACCCCCCCGUCAACUCCCCCCCACGACAACUCAAGAUGACUCACGAGUCCGUUUGGUUCAGCCGCCCCCGCAAGUACGGCAAGGGCUCCCGCGAGUGCCGUGUCUGCGCUCACCGCGCUGGUCUCAUCCGCAAGUACGGCAUGAACAUCUGCCGUCAGUGCUUCCGUGAGAAGUCCACCGACAUCGGUUUCGUCAAGGUUCGUUAA